CAGGGGGGCGGAGUCAAACAGCUGGGUGCCCUGGAGUGUCUCGUGGCGGCUAUCCUGCAGGUCGGGCUCCACUUUGAAGGCAGUCGAACUCUCCCUUUCUUUUCCCUUCCAUAACGACAUCGUCUAAGCGGGAUUUCCUACUUGUCAACGCCAGAAAACUACCGGUUCUGCGGCCCCCGUCUGUUUUUCGGCUACCUGAAGUGGAGAGAGGACAAGUCGACCAACACCAAAGUUAAGCAGGAAGACUCUUGCGGUGGGAAAAAAACCCCACUUGCUCGAACACGUAGCCGCCGAAGCAGCUGAAACAAGCCUCGUCCUUCUCGUGUGGCCGACUUAUUAAAAUGACUCAUUUGGCGUCAGUGCAGAUGUCAGCCCCACACAGUUAAAUGUUAGAACUACUUGAGCACAUAUUGCUCGGAUGGUCGAAGAGGAAAAAGAGGAAAGAGGGUUCGAGGUGCCUGCCAUGUCUUUGUGGGUGAUCCUGCCUGUUAGCCUCCCAGCACUGACCAUCACUGGGAUCUGGGUCGUGUAUGCCAUGGCUCUGUACAACCAACACGUCUGCCCUGUGGAUAACUGGUUGUACAACCAGUCGUGUGAAGAGGAGCUGUAUUUGCAGAGUGGACCAACGUUGUGCUGCACGCUGGACAACAUACCUCUCAUCAGUAAAUGUGGGACGCUUCCGCCAGAGAGUUGCUUCUUCAGCCUUAUCUGCAGCACAGGCUCAUUCAUGGUUAUGGUGAUCGUGCUGCUCCGCUACGCCCACGUCAUUGAGAAGCACCAAAACUGUGUCCUCAACACGGCGAGUCUCUCCACAGGCUGGAUCUGUGCCGCUGGACUCAUCAUGGUGGGCAACUUCCAGGUGGACUAUGCCAAAAUUCUCCACUAUGUCGGAGCCGGCAUCGCCUUCCCCACCAGUAUGCUGUUUGUGUGCCUGCAGUCGGCGUUGACCUAUCGACUGGCCAAGACGCAGGGGGAGUACAACGUGGCCCACCUGCGGCUCUGCAUGACCCUGCUUGCCUUCGUCGCCCUGGUGCUCAGCGGCGUAUUUUUCUGCCAGGAGAGCUACAUCCUCCAACACGCCUCGGCCAUCUUCGAGUGGGUCUUCUGCGUCAUCAUCAUGCUCUUCUACGGGACGUUCGCCUUCGAGUUUGCGGGCAUGUCGGGGGACACCGUGGCGGUGCUGGCCCGAGGGGGCUCCUUGGGGGGCGCGGGAAGGGAGCACAAGAUGGACGCCUUGGGGCCGCACCCGCCGCCGCACCAACCCGAAAACAUGUCCAUCCUGUAGGGCCCGACGUGCUCGGCCCUGGAUUAUCCUUCCAAGACGGGGUUGUCAAAUCUGUUGAAUCACUCAAUGGCGUGAAGAUUUGAACUCAAGCAAAACCCCAGCGGAGAGCUUUUUUUUUUUUUUUGUCAUCACAUCUGAGCUUUUCCACCAGCUUUUCGCCUGUCUGCAUUUUGCACAUUUGUGAAACCAAAUUUUCCAGCCAGCCAGCCAGCCAACCCUGCCUUCAGUUACAAGCGUUAGCAGCGGAGAGCCAAAGGUCCAUCAGAUUCCGAAAAAAAAUCUGUUGUUUCCUCUCUCCUGCCCCCCCUUCCUUCUCAACAAGUGACCUUGGAUGAUUUCCUCUUCAGGUAAUUGCAGCGAGGCCUUUUCAUUUCAUUUGGUGAGUGCGCACAUGCUAAACAAGAGUCUGCCGGACGGCCGCAGAUGAAAGUAGAAAGCGCAGCGUGGUAUUAUCUGCUGCUUACGUAGUAGCCACACAGGAGCAAGGUCAGGUGUGGAAGCAAUAAAUUCCCUUCAUAUUGUCCUACAGACCAGUAUAUAACUCUUAUCUGAAAACUGUUACAUAUUUAAAAAAAAUAAGGGGGACCUGGUAUGUAUCUAUUUUUUUUUUUCCAAUGUUCAUCUGGGAUGGUGUUCAUAUUGAACUAGAUAAAAAGUCAUCCUCUCAUCUUAGAUCAGAGGUGUCCAAACUAGAGACCCCGGGGGCCUUUUUAAGUACCCCCAUGCCAUAAUUUCCCGUGAUUAAUAUGCAACCUGUAAAUGCUCAGAUCUUGCAUUUGGUCCUUCUGGUUGUGCGUCACCUAAGCCACAUUAGCCCAGUAGCUUUGACUACGAGCUGUUCGCGGCACUUCUGAUCACAUAAGGGCAUGUCGUUGGCUAUUUGCAUACCAGAGAGUCACAUAACGGAACAAUUGUUGUUACAAAGUCACUGUGGGAUGGUGCGUAAUUUUGUUAAAAUAUACGACUAAUAUGGAAGGGAGCCUAUUAUUCAUGCGAAAUUACAGUACCGAGAUUCCUAUUUAACCAGGCCUGUGUUGUUUAACUGCAUUGCACUAGUUACUUUUUUUAUACACUGGUGAGCCAAAUAGGAGCUGAGAAGAAAUGGUUCAUUUCUCCCUUCCUCGUGUCCCCCUCGUUGACGUCAGCAAAAAAAUAGAAACGUUUCUCGAAACAACGCGCCCCCAUGAAUCAAGAUAAUUUAGUUACAGCAGCAACUUGAAUGGCAAUUGUUUGCCUCCACUUCAAGGUCAUCUUAUUAACAGAUACAGGACAGCAGUUUGUUCCCCGUGACCUUCAAAUAACGACACGAAUUGAACAUAGUUGCAUAGCAGGUCCCCUUUAAAACAGCAAAUAUUGAUAUUUGUUCACACUGACAUCCCUACCACUGUUUGUUUUUUUUUUUUUUUUUUGCUCAUCUUCUCCAAGUACUGACGCCGCCUCACAAUGGUUGAUUGUACAAUCGUUGCCAACAGACCUCCAGCACUGUACAAUUUUCUGCCAAAGACGCGUCGAUGCGACGCAGAUUCCCCCCAGGUCCUGCGCAUUCCAUCCACUUACUGUAAGCUUCUUACCUUCUACAGUAUUCCUCAUAGAGACGAUAGCGGCCGUGUGACUGUCAAGUGUGCCAAAUAUCAGUGUGCCUGUGGCCUCGGUGCUAUUAACAAGUCUCUCUCUCUCUCUCUCUCUCUCUCUCUCUCUCUCUCUCUCUAUAUAUAUAUUAAUUGAUGAUUGUAACAAUCGCAUUCAUAAAAGCAAUAUUGUACACUUCUUUUUAUCACUAUUGUGUUCCUGAAUGUUACUGGACACAGCAUUGGGUACAUCACAAACACGUCAAUACAAAGACGUACAACUCUUUUACCUUAACUCUUACAUUGGGGGGGGGGGGGGGGUGUUCGGGGUGUAAGAAAAUCCCCAAUGCAUUUCAAUAGGUGUCAUUUACAGUUUACAUGGAUUUUUGUGAUCUGCAGGCCGUCCCGGCCGGACACUAUCCCCUACAUAUAGCAGAGUCGACCGGAUGUACGUUCCAAUCGGGAAUAUACAUUAUUAGCGCCACCGCUCCAGUCGUCACUGAAAUAUGUAGUUCCAUAAUAGUCAAAGAAUUGGCGGAAGAAAAGGUUUAGGACAGAUCACUGCCGCACAGAGAUAAAAAAAAAAGGCUGGAAAAUGUUGCACAUUCACGAGAGUUCAAAUGACAUCAUUUGGGGUACAGUGGAUCCCCACAUAUGAUGAUUUUAUUUUCUACCUUGGGAGGUUGGAUCAGAAGGCCCCGUUUUAAAACACUGAAUCAAUGAAUGUACACAACAUUCCCAAUUUACCCGCCUAAUGCCUUUUACCACAGCUAAGCGGAAAUUUGCCCACCACCCAUCGUCUCGUUGCCAGUUUAAUUCUGUUUCCCUUUCACACGUCUCAAUUUUGUUGUGAAUCUGACACUGCCUCCGAAAGGCGAUUGAUUGUACCUCUAUGUGAUCACAAAAUGGCAGCAAAUGAUCACGAGGCAAAAAAAAAACUUUUAAUAGCAUGUUAAUAAUACGCAGCCAUUUUCAGGUGUACCUAAUGUUGUGGCCUAAAAUAAUAAUACUUUUUUUUGGGGUCCAUUUAUUUUAUUCUGACAUUCUACUAUACAGUACUUCGGAAGUAUGCCAACCAAAAUGACCUAUGCAGCUAUUGUCACACUUGUCAUGUGUCUUAAUUCAUAUUCUCAUCAUUCCACACUUUGGUCACUUAUUUUUCUUUUCCAAUCAGUAUACUAAAAGUGUGUGACUCACCUGGAACUAACUCGUUGUCCCUUGCUCCCUCUAUCCGUCAAAACUCGUAAUUGCAGAAGCUUGGUCUUAAACUUUUUGGGGUUUAAGAAGUCUUCUCAAAUGUCCUAACAUUUGUUGUGAACUACUUAAAAAAAAAACGGCCACAAAAC